GUGGCCUCUGGGCAGGAAAAACAGUCCGGGGUGGAGUCAGCAGCAGCAGCAGCCCCGGUCUGAACACCGACGACUGACUCACUCCUCUGCCCUCCGCACGUUUCCUGGACCGUCCCGGGACGCGGUGUCCGUGGAAGUUAGACCAAAUCAAAUCCUUACGGUUUCGAAUUUCAAUCCAGUUUGGUCUCCGGACUUCCCCACGAACAAGAGUCGCCAGAAUGGGGGUGUACGAAGAGAAGAAAGAAACAUGUGGAACAAUUUGCCUGAAAUACCUUUUGUUCACCUUCAACUUUCUCUUUUGGCUUGCAGGGGGCGUUGUGAUGGCGGUGGGUGUCUGGACCUUGGUGGAAAAGAGCGACUACAUCAGCCUGCUCUCCUCCAAGACGUAUGCUGCCUCAGCCUACAUUCUGGUUCUGGCUGGAGCCAUCGUCAUGGUAACAGGCGUGCUGGGCUGCUGCGCCACCUUCAAGGAGCAGAGGAGGCUACUGCGAGUGUACUUUGCCUUGUUGCUGUGUAUUUUCCUGUUGGAGAUCCUGGCAGGAGUGUUGGCCUACAUCUACUAUCAACAGCUGAAUGAAGAGCUGAAGCAAAACCUGAGGGAGACAAUGAUCAAGAAGUACAAACAGAGCACCCAUGAACACGUCACCAGCGCAGUGGACAAACUGCAGAACGAAUUCAAGUGCUGUGGAAGCAACAGUUCUGCUGACUGGGCGGAGAGUGUGUGGAUUCGCUCCCGGGAUGCAGACGGCAGACUGGUGCCCGACAGCUGCUGCAAGACUCGCACUGAACUCUGCGGCCGUCGGGACCAUCCGUCCAACAUCUACAAGGUCGAGGGUGGCUGCAUCUCUAAACUGGAGAAAUUCAUCCUGGACCAUCUAAAAAUCAUUGGAGCAGUGGGCAUUGGGAUUGCCUGUGUGCAGAUCGUGGGGAUGGUGUUUACAUGCUGCUUGUAUCACAAUCUCAAGGCAGAGCCGUACUAACAGGGAACAAAGACCACUGUGUGGAAUGUGUGAGUGUGAGGGGUUAAGAAGGUAACUUCAUCACCGCUUUCUCUUCUCAUAUGGCUUUUUUUUCUUGCCCCUCAAAUUCAGGUAGCACAUCUCGCCUUGUUGUAAUAAACCUAAAAAGUAGUCAUUAGAUUCUCACAUUGCAAAGUAAGCCACUUCUUUAGAAUCACAAGAAGAUUUCUUCUGUCAGUUUUGGUACCAGCCUCAUUGCAGCAUUUGUCUGAGCUAGUGUUUCACUUUUGAAAACAUUCUUUUUUCGUUAGACUCGGCCGGUACCUAUCAAAGUGGAAAGUGAGUCAUACCUUUUAUGGACACAUGAUGCAACACCGAGGAGACAAAUAAUACGGAUUAGAGGACUAAAACUAGCACUUUUUGGACGAUGUUAAUCCUGCUCGCAAAAUCGCUUCCUCUUUGCUGUUCUACUUCUGUGCCAUUUCAAUGCAUUUGAUCACACUGGAUGUGUCUCCAGGGCAUUUAGAGUCUCGCACUGGUGGCCUUUUCUACGUUUGAAAACUGUUUUGUAGAAUGUUUUUUUUAUGCUUUACUGUAGUGCUUUCUGCCAAAUACUUUCAUGUGGACUGCGAUGUAGUGUUAUAGCAGCAGAGCCGUCACUAGCCCCUCCUCCAGGAAGGACUCAGGGGCUUCAUGAAGCUUUCUAUUUUAAAUAGCACUGUUCAGCAAUAUUGGGCCUGAAACAGAAGUUCCAGUAGUUCAUCAACACUAGCUGAAAAUACAUUAGUGUGAGAAUCAGAUCCUCAAUUUCACUCAUUUCAAGCCAUAUCAUUUAUUUUAAGCUGAAGCCGACUGAUUUUAAUACACGCUAAAGCCAGCAUUUCACUCAGAACGAUGGCAAAAUAAAACUCACUACAAAGUGCCUCAUGUUUUCCGUUGCCUUCUAUUUAAAUGCCAAACAUAUUCUUUCUCAACCUUUUUAAUGUAGAAAUCUUUUUUAUGACUUCUUUGUUAUGAAUGAAGAUUGUAUUUUUUUUUUCCACCAAUAGAUGCAUCAUUGUAUUUAAAGACUACUGUCGCUGUUAACAACCAUCAGCACCUGUGUGCCUCAAAGAACACUUUAAUUCAACACACUGUACUUCUGUCUGUGGUUAAUACAAUACCUUUUUUAAGUUUUAAAUAAAUC